AGGGCGGGGCUGGAGCGCCGGGCAGCCAAUCGGCGGCGCGGGAGCCCGCCGGGAGCGCUGGGUCGGGGCGCGCGCAGGCUCGGCGCGCACGCGCAGUGCGGGGACGGUGUUCCCGCCGCUCCUGCCCUGAGGGACGAUGGCGGGGCUGCGGGUGGCGGCGGUGGAAGCGCUGGUGCAGGAGCUGUUGAGGGAAGAGGCACCGUCCCGCAUUGCCGCCCUCACCGAGGAGCUGUUCCAGGCGACGGAGGGCAUCUCUGAGGCGGAUGGGAAGGCGGCGGAGAGCGAGCUCCCCGCUCCCUGUUUGCCUGAAGAAACGGGGGGUGUAUGUCCUUCACACCCCACAGCCCUGGCCCAGGUUGAAGAGAGUGCAAUCAGUUUGUGGAACUGGACUGUGACCAAACACACCAGUGCUGUCAUCAGUGACGAGCAAAGAGCAAAAUUACGGUCUGUUGCUUGCAGACUGAUUUGCCUUUGUGAAGGCAGCGAUCCUCCGGAGGGAACUAUUCGAAGACAGAUUUUGAUGUCUAUGAAAACUGGGAAAGGAUGGAUAGAUAUUGGAAAAGCUAGUCUUGCAGAUGGAUUUCUAGAGAAUGCCAUAAGUAGUAUAGAAAAGUUGUAUGCAAAGUUGCGAAAGGAGAGUGAGGGUGAAGCAGAUAUUCAAAUGCACAGAGCUGAUGUGGAGAAGAGCCUUUUCAAAGUACUCUCUUACCAAGCUGAAUCAGCGGUUGCUCAAGGGGAUUUUCAGAAAGCAGUUAUGUGCAUGCAACGCUGCAAAGAUAUGUUGAUGAAAUUGCCAAAAGAAACCUGUUACCUGGCAGUCCUGUGUUACAACUUUGGAGUGGAAACCUAUGAAUGGAAGAAGUACGAACAAAGCUCCUUCUGGCUCAGCCAGAGUUAUGACAUUGGGAAGAUGGACAUGAAAUAUUCUGUUGGCAAAGAAAUGCAGGCUAAAGUGCUGCGAUUGUUAGCCACGACCUAUUUUGAGUGGGAUUGCAGUCUGUACCUGGACAAGGCAUUGAAAGCCAUAAGCUUGGCAAAUCAGGAGAAUUUGCAUCCAGCAGGGUUUUUUUUGAAACUUAGAUUUCUUCUUAAAAGUGGAGCAUCAGAUGAAGAUGUCAGCUCAGCUCUUGCAGAAUUCACACGCCUUGAGAUGUCUUUAGACUCCUGUUUGAAUAUUGCCAAACUGCUGUUGGAGCAUGGAAGGGAAUCAGUUGGUUUUGAUUUUCUGAAAUCUGUUCCUGAACGAUUUGAAUCUUCACCUGACCUUGGAAAAAUUACCCUUCUCCACAUCGAGUUCCUGUUGCAGAAUAAGAGGGAGCUGCUUGCUAAGCAAAAGAUUGAAGAAGUUAUUAUAGGUCAUUAUACUGGGAAACAGCUGUUGCCUGAAGCCUUGAAUCAGCUGCACAUCAUCUUGUGGGAUAGAGCUGCCAAAUAUUAUGAGGAGAAAAACUAUUCUGAAGCCCUUCACUGGUACAAUUAUUCUGUCAGCUUCUAUACACCUGGGCAGAUAGAUCAGAACUUGGCUAAGCUGCAGAGGAAUAUGGCUUCUUGCUAUCUUCAUCUGAAUCAAGUUGACAAGGCUAAAGAGGCAGUUAAACAAGCAGAGAGGUGUGAUCCAACCAGCAUCUUUACUAAGUUCAGUGUCUAUAAGAUUGCAGUGAUGGAGAACGAUACUGAUAAAGCUGUGGAAGCAAUUAUUGAAAUGGGGAAGCUAGCAGAAAAGCCAUCAGAACAUGAAGACAAACUGAGAGUGGAUAAAAAUACAGGCAGUAACCUCUUGAGUUUAGCUGCCCAAAUUGCUUUAGAGAGUGACCAACAAAUUGUGGCUAUCAAAGCUUUGGAGUAUUUGUCUGAACAUUUAAAAGACUGCCGACAAUUAUUUGCAGCCUUGAAAUGUUUGGUUCGUCUGAUGUUAUCAAAAGUCAUGGCAGAAAAUGAAGAGAAAAGAGAUGAAGAUAUCAACUCAAUAGUGACUUACUUGAACUUGGCUCACAAGAAACUUGCUGAGUCUUUCACAGAAGAGAAGUUUACAGGGGACAUGAGGAUCCUUGAAGCUCACUGGUUUAGAAAAAUUGCUUGGAACUUAGCUGUACAGUUCAAGGACAGCCCUGCAAAGAUGAGGGAUUUUUUUGUAUUGUCUUUCAAGCUGUCCCAGUUUUGUCCUUCUGACAAAGCUGUUCUAAUUGCUCAGAAGACAUGCCUGUUAAUGGCAGCUGCAGUUGAUCUGGAAAUGGGGAGACAAAAAGUAACACCUUCAGAACAGACGGAGCUUUUUAGUCAGGCCCUUCAACAUCUUCAAACAUGCAAGGAAAUAUGGAAGGUUCUGAAAUUAACAGGAGAUUUUGCUAAAGACCCGACAGACACACUGUUGCUGCUUUAUGAAUUUGAAGCAAGAUCCAAACUGAAUGAUCCAACACUUCACAAUCUUAUGGAGUCAGUUUGGGAGCAACCACAAAUAGAGAUCAAGACACUAGAAAUCAUUGCAUCACUAGCAAUGGAAUCUCCAGCUCGGUAUCCUGUACUGUGCAAGAAAGCUCUCAAGAGUGCACUAAACCUUCACAGAAAGCAGGCUGUCAUUGAUGCUGUGAAAUUUAGCAAAUGCUUACACAGCUUGAUUAACAUUUCUUUGCCGACUGGAUUAACAGACUUGGAUUCCUGUGUACUGCAGGAGGUGUGGGAUUACUUUGAAGAUGCUCUGAGUGUAGUCAGCAGCACAGAUGCUUACCCAGAGACGGAGAUCCUUUGGUUGAUGACAAGAGCCUGGAAUACAGGAAUAUUUCAAUAUACUGUUGGUAAAUACAAGGAAGCUGAGCUGUGGUGUGGAUUGGGAAUGCGUUUCCUCAAUCACUUAGGAUCUCUGAAGAAAAGCUAUGAAGGCCAUAUGAUUGGCCUUUAUAGUGAGGUUCUCGACAAACUGGAYAGAGCAAAAGGAUUUAUUCCAAAUGAAGAAUAAUGACAGCCACAACUACGAGAAAAGGAAAGCAGUCUCUCUUAGAAACGUUCUGCUGAAUGAAAAAGGCUGUUAGCUCUGUGAAGGCACAGGGUCAUGGGAGCAGUGGAAAAGAAACCAGRAUCUCCUUCUUGYUGGCAAAGAAGUUAUCUACUUUUUAGGAAGUGUUUAUUCAAUAAAUGUAAUUGUUCUCCUCUAGGGAAUAAUUUUCAUUCUCUGGAGCUAUUUAACAGUUAGAAGUAAAUAUUUAACUUUUUCAUGAGAUGCCUCUGCUGUUGUGUAACAGGUUGGUUUAAAAUCUGACUUCAGUAGUAAAU